AUGAAGCUUACUGAUAUUCUUUUCAUGCGCAAAGUCGUACCUUUUGGAACUUGCGACCCAUGGUUCAAAAGAAAUCAGCUAAUGAAGUUUGCCUUUAAUUAUAGAGGACGCUUGGCACGUUGUCAUAAACUUGGUAUGAAUCGAGUCUACAAGGCUCUGCAGUUCGUACAAGCCCUCCGUGAUGCAAGAAAGGAGGAAAUACAUGACAUUUGGAAUCAGCGUAUUGCUAUCGCCAGUGAGCAACACGGACUACCAGGUCGCCGAAUUCUUCUCGAAGGUCUAGCCCAAUCAAACGUUGCGCUGAAUAAAAACAUGCUUCAACUCCUGGCGAUCUACGAGCCUCGAACAUUUGAAGCUCUUGUAAAUGUUGCCAAACAGUAUCAUUCCGAGGUCGGUGUGAAUCUUCCUGCAUCUGAUACUUCCGUCCCUGUCAUUUCUCGAGGCAUGUUGCGCUUUCCAAUAGUACCCGGGAACAAACAUUUGUAUGACUGA